AUGGUCAAGGAUCAAAAGUUUUACGACGCCCUCGGGGUUCCCGCCGAGGCCACUGAGGCCCAGCUCAAGACCGCCUACAAGAAGGGCGCUCUCAAGUAUCAUCCCGACAAGAACAAGAACAACGCCGAUGCGGCCGAGAAGUUCAAGGAGAUGUCCCACGCCUAUGAGAUCCUUUCGGAUCCCGAGAAGCGUUCUAUCUACGACCAAUACGGUGAAGAGGGCCUCGAAGGUGGUGGCAUGGGUGGUGGUAUGGGUGCGGAGGACCUGUUCGCCCAGUUCUUCGGCGGCGGCGGCGGUGCCUUCGGUGGCAUGUUCGGCGGCGGCGGUGCGCGCGAACAGGGCCCCAAGAAGGCGCGGACGAUCCACCACGUUCACAAGGUCAACCUGGAGGAUAUCUACCGCGGCAAGGUCUCGAAGCUGGCUCUGCAGAAGUCAGUCAUCUGCCCCGGUUGUGAUGGCCGUGGCGGCAAGGAAGGCGCCGUCAAGUCGUGUACUGGUUGCAGUGGCUCCGGUAUGAAGACCAUGAUGCGCCAGAUGGGCCCCAUGAUCCAGCGUUUCCAGACCGUGUGCCCCGACUGCAACGGUGAGGGUGAGAUUGUCCGCGACAAGGAUCGCUGCAAGCGCUGCAACGGUAAGAAGACCGUUGUGGAGCGCAAGGUCCUCCACGUCCACGUCGAUAAGGGUGUCAGGAACGGCCACAAGAUCGACUUCCGCGGCGAGGGUGACCAGAUGCCCGGUGGUUUGCCUGGAGACGUGGUGUUCGAGAUUGAGCAGAAGCCUCACCCUCGAUUCCAGCGCAAGGGCGAUGACCUGUUCUACCAUGUCGACGUCGAUCUUCUCACGGCCCUUGGCGGCGGUAGCUUCAGCGUUGAGCACCUGGAUGAGCGGUGGAUCACCGUGAACAUCGCCCCUGGCGAGGUCAUCACUCCUGGCGCCAUCAAGAUGAUCAAGGGACAGGGUAUGCCUUCGUUCCGCCACCACGACUAUGGCAACCUCUAUGUCCAGUUCGACGUCAAGUUCCCCCAGAAGGAUCAGCUUCAGAACCUCAACCUGCUGGAACAGGUCCUGCCUCCUCGUUUGGAGCAGACUAAGGCCCCCGCCGAUGCCAUGGUGGAGGACUUUGAGCUGGAAGACGUUGAUGGCAGCGAGGGCUCGCAACAACGGGCCCAGAACGCCGCCCACGCGAUGGAUGAGGAUGACGAGGAUGUUCCUCCGGGCGCCGAGAGAGUGCAGUGCGCUUCGCAGUAA